AUGACGACACUUGCCUACCUCAGCAGAGCUACGUGGGACUGGUUACAGUUUAUAAACGAGGAUCACGUCCGUCAUUCAUUGCAGUUAUUGGCUGUCAAUGAGGACGACCCCAACUCAACUGUCAUCAAGCCAGAAGUUCUGCUUGACUUUCCAUUGACUGCUCAAGUAAAGAUACAUGAGAGUCGAGACUUGGCACUCUUGACGUUGGCAGAUUCUGCCGCUGUCGAGAAGUGGCAAUGGGCAGAUACGAACUUAAGAGACGUCCGGACGCUGGUGCUGCAGUCGGCGCCGUGUAAACAGGGAGACGACGUGAUCUUUUCAGGUCAUCGACAAGUGAAGGAGGAGUAUCAGAUUCCCAAGGCUGUGGCAGGACAUUUUGUUGGACGCAGCACAAGUGGACAAGCAUUUGCUUGGAGUCAGGAGCUGUUGGAAGAAGGAAUGUGCGGUGGAGCAGUCGUGGCAGCCACCACAGGCGAGUGUGUGGGUCUUGUAGAGGGUAUUGUCCCGUCGAGCGGAGAGGAAAGUGAAGCGCCGUCAAUAGAUGAUAGAGAACAACAUGCAGCGUGGCAGAUGCGUAAAGCGUUGGCGGGUCAUGUGGCGUUCAUUCCAUCGAGUGAUGUGAGGAAGUUUAUUGACGAGCCGAAUAACUUGCUGCUGACGGGUAUGGAGCUGCCGCCGUAUAUGUAA